AUGCUGAAUCAAACAACAGUCACUGAAUUUCUCCUCCUGGGCGUCACAGACAUCCAAGUAUUGCAGCCUUUUCUCUUUGUACUUUUCCUUGCCAUUUACUCUGUUACUGUGGCUGGGAAUGGAGCCAUCCUGAUGAUGGUUAUUUCUGAUCCAAGACUCCAUUCUCCUAUGUAUUUCUUCCUGGGAAACCUGUCAUGUCUGGAUAUCUGCUACUCCACGGUGACACUGCCAAAGAUGCUGGAGAACUUCCUCUCUACACACAAAGCCAUUUCUUUUUUGGGAUGCAUAAGCCAGCUUCAUUUCUUCCACUUCCUGGGCAGCACAGAGGCCAUGUUGUUGGCCGUGAUGGCUUUUGACCGCUUUGUGGCCAUCUGCAGACCACUUCAUUACACUCUAAUCAUGAAUCACCAGGUUUGUACCCAGAUGGCUCUCACUGUCUGGAUCAUUGGUUUUUCCCAUGCCCUGAUGCACUCCAUAAUGACCUCUCGCUUGAACUUCUGUGCUUCCAACCAGAUCCAUCACUUCUUCUGUGAUGUUAAGCCAUUGCUGGAGUUAGCCUGUGGGAACACUGAGCUCAACCAGUGGCUGCUCAAUACUGUCACAGGGACCAUUGCCAUGGUCCCAUUCUUUCUAAUACUUCUGUCCUAUUUCUAC